UUUAUUUUUACUAUUCCGUUUCUUCUAGACGAAUCAGUUAAAAAACGGAAUAUAUAUUUAUCUUUCGAAUUAAUCUUAAUAAAAUAAAUUUGAUAGUAAUAUAUGAGUGAAAAAAAAUGCUCAGAAAUUUGCAGUAAAAAGAAAAAUUGAGUCUCAUUUCCUAUGUACAAAGGUUAAAGGGAAAUAAACAUAAGUGUAAGAAUCACUUUACCCCAAGGUUGGUUGAUUAGUCAUCCUGGCUUGAAGCGGGUUAAAUAUAUUAACCGGAUGACGUUUUCACUAUCAGUUAUAUAGAUUAACAUACAUGUAUUACAAAGUGAGCGGCAAUUAGGUAAAAGUGAGUGGAUGGUUAGAAACACCAAAUUACACAAAGAAUUUGUAAUAGAGAUUAACCAAAUUGAAAAGGAUAUUUAGGCCUAACAUAAGAAAAAAAAAAAGAAGGUUAAUUGGGGCUUGAAAUUUGUAGAAAUGAUAAGACAGUACUCCCCAAGAUUCCGAUUCAGAGUAUGCUCCUAUCCACCGACAAAUGUAAUGACUAUCAGAAACGAAAUAAUCCUUUAUUUUUUAUAAGUCUACCAACUUUUUUCUAAAAAAGAAAGAAGAAUAGGAACGAAACAAGGAUCUUUUUUUUCAUAUAUUUCGAAAAUAAAAUAGAAUUUCUGUCAUGAAUAAUAAACAAAUAGGAUGUCUAAUUAUUUUUCGUAAUCGAAAACCACGAUGGGCUGAAAUACCUUUUUUUAUUUUUACAAGGAGUAUUUUAUUAAAGGGUUAAGUUAUUACUCAACAAAUAGAAAUUCAUAUUUGUAAAGGGUGAGAUGAAUUCCGAAGCGCGUUUUUUAUUCUUAGAAUUUGAGCAGACAGAAUUCCAUUGGUAUAAUUCGGGACCCCAGAUAUAUUUAACCAUUUUAGAACACAUCAUAUCCAUCUAAAUGAUAAUCUGGUCCUUAGAUUUAUUUAUGGCCCCCGAGGAGCCGUAUGAGGCGAAGACCUCAUGUACGGUUCUGAAAUAGCGGUGAAAAUAGUAAUGUUCUCGCCGACUAGGAUUAUCUAACAGUUUAAGUACAGUUGAUAUAGUUGAGGCACAAUCAAAAUAUGGUUUUUGGGGAUGGAAUUUGUGGCGUCAACCUAUAGGUUUUAUCAUUUUUCUAAUUUCUUCUCUAGCAGAAUGCGAGAGGUUACCGUUUGAUUUACCAGAAGCGGAAGAAGAAUUAAUAGCAGGUUAUCAAAUUGAAUAUUCAGGUAUCAAAUUUGGUUUAUUUUACGUCGCUUCUUAUCUAAAUCUAUUAAUUUCCUCAUUAUUUGUAACAGUUCUAUACUUAGGCGGUUGGAAUAUUGCUAUUCCGUAUAUAUCUAUUCUGGAGCUAUUUCAAAGGGAUCAAAUUUUUGGAACAACAAUUGGUAUCUUUAUUACAUUAGCUAAAACUUAUUUGUUCUUGUUCAUUUCUAUCGCAACAAGAUGGACUUUACCUAGGCUAAGAAUGGAUCAACUAUUAAAUCUUGGAUGGAAAUUUCUUUUACCUAUUUCCCUUGGUAAUCUAUUAUUAACAACUUCUUUCCAACUCUUUUCACUCUAAAUUGAAAAUGAAUCCAAUAUAUUCAUUAUUUGAUUUGUUUUAAACAAGAGAAAGAAACAAAGAUAAAAUUAUUCAGAGAUAAUUACAAUAUGCUUCCUAUGAUAACCGGGUUCAUGAAUUAUGGUCAACAAACCCUACGAGCUGCAAGGUAUAUUGGUCAAGGUUUCAUGAUUACCUUAUCCCACACAAAUCGUUUACCUGUAACUAUUCAAUAUCCCUAUGAAAAAUUAAUAACAUCGGAACGUUUCCGUGGUCGAAUCCAUUUUGAAUUUGAUAAAUGCAUUGCUUGUGAAGUAUGUGUUCGAGUAUGUCCUAUAGAUUUGCCUGUUGUUGAUUGGAAAUUGGAAACUAAUAUUCGAAAAAAACGAUUGCUUAAUUACAGUAUUGAUUUUGGAAUUUGUAUAUUUUGUGGUAAUUGUGUUGAGUAUUGUCCAACAAAUUGUUUGUCAAUGACUGAAGAAUAUGAAUUUUCCACUUAUGAUCGUCACGAAUUGAAUUAUAAUCAAAUAGCUUUGGGUCGUUUACCAAUGUCAGUAAUUGACGAUUACACUAUUCGAACAAUUUGGAAUUCACCUCAAACAAAAAAUGGAGUAAACCCUUUAAUUUGAUUAAAAAAAGAAUUCCAAAUUGUUGAAUUAUAUAAAGAAUUUAAUUAAAAACUUGUAUUUAUAUAAUAAUAUUAAGUAUUAAGGCACAUUCUUUUAAUAUAAUAUGUUCGUAAUUACUUUCUUGAAAUAGAUAGGUUGAAAAUACACUUUAGAAUAAAAAAAGAGAAACUGUCUAAUAAUUGUAUCUACAUCAACUCAUAUCCAUUAGAUUCUAAUUUCACUCUAUUAGAAACAUAUUAAAAAAAAAUUUCCUGGUUAAAUUAAUAAGGUCAUGAAAAGGAUUUCGAUUUUUUUCUUAUUUUAAUAAUAUAAUGGGUUUGCCUGGACCAAUACAUGAUUUUCUUUUAGUUUUUCUGGGAUCCGGUCUUCUAGUAGGAGGUCUGGGAGUGGUAUUCCUUCCCAACCCAAUAUUUUCAGCCUUUUCCUUAGGAUUUGUUCUUGUUUGUAUAUCUUUAUUGUAUAUUCUAUCAAAUUCCCAUUUUGUAGCUGCUGCACAACUCCUUAUUUAUGUGGGGGCCAUAAAUGUUUUAAUCAUAUUUGCUGUGAUGUUCAUGAAUGAUUCAGAAUAUUCCACAGAUUUCAAUCUGUGGACCGUUGGGAAUGGGAUUACUUCGUUGGUUUGUACAACUAUUCUUUUUUUAUUAAUGUCUACUAUUCUCGAUACGUCAUGGUACGGGGUUAUUUGGACUACAAAAUUAAACCAGAUUCUAGAGCAAGAUUUAAUAAGUAAUAGUCAACAAAUAGGAAUUCAUUUAUCAACAGAUUUUUUUCUGCCAUUUGAACUCAUUUCAAUAAUUCUUUUAGUUGCUUUGAUAGGUGCAAUUUCUGUGGCUCGUCAAUAAAAAAUGUUCUAAAUUAUUAAAGACCAAAGAAAACUUUGUGUAUGUUAUGAUUUUUUCCGUUCAUUCAAUUAAAUUUGAUUGAAUACUAUUUCAUAUUUUAAGGAUCAAUUUUUAUAUUUGAUAUAUAUUUAAAAAAUUUUUUUACCUAAAUAUUGUUUUUAUUCGUACUUUUUUGUUAUAUUCUAGUUGAUGGAAUCCGGUGAAUUAUUUUUCAUAUUGAAAUGAAUCAAAAUUGAUAAGGAGUUGCUGAAUGAUACUCGAACAUGUACUUGUUUUGAGUGCCUAUUUAUUUUUGAUUGGUCUUUAUGGAUUGAUCACGAGUCGAAAUAUGGUUAGGGCUCUUAUGUGUCUUGAACUUAUACUCAAUGCAGUUAAUAUGAAUUUCGUAACAUUUUCUGAUUUUUUUGAUAAUUCCCAACUAAAAGGGGAAAUUUUCUGCAUUUUUGUUAUAGCAAUUGCAGCCGCUGAAGCAGCUAUUGGAUUAGCUAUAGUCUCGUCAAUUUAUCGUAAUAGAAAAUCAACUCGCAUAAACCAAUCGACCUUAUUAAAUAAGUAACAUAACUAAAAAAAUUAUAGAUUGAAAUUUGCAUAUAUGAUAAGUUAUGACCUACGAGAUUAUAUUUGUAAAAAUCUAAGAAAUCAAAGUAUUUUAGCCCCAUUUUUUAUCAAUUGAGCCAGAAUUCAUUACAAAAAUUCUAUUAAAGGAAAUCAUUGCUUCAUCUAGUAUUUUAAUAUACCAUUCAGUUAGAAGUUUACUAGAUUGAAAAUUUAUGACAUUAAAAAAACUAUCGAUCCUAUGUCACAUUCAGUAAAAAUUUAUGAUACCUGUAUAGGAUGUACUCAAUGUGUCCGAGCAUGCCCUACAGACGUAUUAGAAAUGAUACCUUGGGAUGGAUGUAAAGCUAAGCAAAUAGCUUCUGCUCCAAGAACCGAGGACUGUGUUGGUUGUAAAAGAUGUGAAUCCGCCUGUCCAACGGAUUUUUUGAGCGUUCGAGUUUAUUUAUGGCAUGAAACAACUCGAAGUAUGGGUCUAGCUUAUUGAUGCGUUACCGAAAAACUCAUUUGAAUAAAUUUGGAAUACAUUUUAUUUUUUUUUAUUGACAAGUACUCGUACUCAAAAAAGUUAAAUUAUAUUUUUUUAUUUAUAUAUUUUUUUUGAGUACGCGUUCCUUGGACCUGGUGUAUCUUGUCUUUACCACGAAUGAUUUUCCUUGGUUAACAAUAAUUGUUGCUUUUCCAAUAUCUGCUGGUUCAUUAAUGUUAUUUCUCCCGCAUAGGGGAAAUAAAGUCAAUAAAUGGUAUACUAUAUGCAUUUGUAUCUUAGAACUUCUUCUAACGACCUAUGCUUUUUGUUAUAAUUUUAAAAUGGACGAUCCGUUAAUUCAACUGUCCGAAGAUUAUAAAUGGAUCAAUUUUUUUGAUUUUUACUGGAGAAUGGGAAUAGAUGGACUUUCUAUAGGAACGAUUUUACUGACGGGAUUUAUUACUACUUUAGCCACUUUAGCGGCUUUUCCAGUUACUCGGGAUUCCCGAUUAUUUCAUUUCCUGAUGUUAUCAAUGUACAGCGGUCAAAUAGGAUCAUUUUCUUCUCGGGAUCUUCUACUUUUUUUCAUCAUGUGGGAAUUAGAAUUAAUUCCCGUUUAUCUACUUUUAUCCAUGUGGGGUGGAAAGAAACGUCUGUAUUCGGCUACAAAAUUUAUUUUGUACACGGCAGGAAGUUCUAUUUUUUUAUUAAUAGGAGUUUUAGGUAUAAGUUUAUAUGGUUCGAACGAACCAACAUUAAAUUUAGAACUCUUAGCUAAUCAAUCUUAUCCUGUUACACUCGAAAUACUUUUUUAUAUUGGAUUUCUUAUUGCUUUUGCCGUCAAAUCACCGAUUAUACCUUUACAUACUUGGUUACCUGACACCCACGGUGAGGCACAUUACAGUACCUGUAUGCUUCUCGCUGGAAUCUUAUUAAAAAUGGGAGCAUAUGGGUUGGUUCGAAUCAAUAUGGAAUUAUUACCCCACGCUCAUUCUAUGUUUUCUCCUUGGUUGAUGGUAGUCGGUACAAUCCAAAUAAUUUAUGCAGCUUCAACAUCUCCCGGUCAACGUAAUUUAAAAAAGAGAAUAGCCUAUUCUUCUGUAUCUCAUAUGGGUUUUAUAAUUAUAGGUAUUAGUUCUAUCGGAUCCUGGACUUAAUGGAGCUAUUUUACAAAUAAUUUCUCAUGGAUUUAUUGGCGCUGCACUUUUUU